UUCUUCUUCUUCUUCUCUCCUUUUUUACCAGAUUGCCAGGACGUUGCAAACAAGGGUGCGACCGUCAGCGGUCUUUACUACGUGAAGCCGCAGACAGCCACUGAGCAGUUCCUGGUCUAUUGUGAGAUUGACAGCUUCGGACGCGGCUUCACAGUCAUUCAGAGGAGACGUGACGGCAGCGUGGACUUCCUCAAGGACUGGAUCCAGUACAAGCAGGGCUUCGGUUACCUCUCCCCAGACGACACCACCGAGUUCUGGCUCGGCAACGAGAAGAUCCACCUGCUGACCGUCGGCUCCACCAUCCCCACUGUGCUGAGGAUAGAGCUUGUUGACUGGGAGGGCAACACAAAGCAUGCAGACUACACCAUGUUCAAAGUGGGGACAGAGGCCGACAAUUAUCGUCUGACCUACGGUUACUACUUUGGCGGUGACGCCGGCGACGCUUUCGAUGGCUUCGACUUUGGAGAGGACCCCAGCGACAAGUUCUACACGGCACACAACGGCAUGCAGUUCAGCACCAUCGACAAGGACAACGACAAGUUCGACGGCAGCUGUGCUCGACAGGACGGCUCCGGCUGGUGGAUGAACAGAUGCCAUGCCGCACAUUUGAACGGCAAAUACUACCAGGGCGGCAGAUACACAGAAAAGGAUGCAGGUGAAUUUGGCUUCGACAACGGCAUCAUCUGGGUGACAUGGCACAGCCGCUGGUACUCCCUGAAAGAGACGACCAUGAAGCUCAUUCCCCUGAGCCGCAUCGCAGCAGGCGGCGGACAGCAGGCGGGUGUGAAACAGUUUGGCGGACUUUGAAUUGAAUAAAAACACACACACACACGUGUUUGUGGUCCGUACUCUGUAUGUUCAGCAUAACAACCCUGAAAUCACCCCAGAUGAAAUAAAAUACUUCCAUGGGGAAAUUUCAGACUCCAUGGUGUUUCUCCAUGUGAUGCUUGCGUGUUGUGGUGAUCUGACGCAGCCGGACACUGAUGCUCAAACUCUCCUUUCUUUACGUCAGUGUUGUAUUAGAGCUUGAAAUAAAUGUCUUUUCUUUACCAA